GGGUGUGUUGCCGGGAAAGGGCCUGGUGGGUUUCUUCCCUGCAGAGGUCUUCAAACUGCGAAGUGUGUUCCCCUAGAGGGGAACAGAGGAAUGUUCAGCAGUGACACCAGAUGGGGCUCCCCCCUCUCACCUCAGUAGGCCACCCAGUCUGUGGGUCAGUGUCAACAUCUGCAGCAGCUGUGCUGAUUUCCACUCCCAGCACCCUCCGCACCCAGUGCUGGCUCCACUUUCAGAGAUGAUCACACGUGCCUUCCCCCACUCAGAAAACUGAGAGGGAAGGGGCAGAUUUUCAUCAUUUUGGAGGAUUUCAGCACAGAGAUUAUUGGACUUUGCCAUAUCUGACCAGGAUGAAUUCAUCAUUGGUUGCUUAUGAUGAUUCAGAUUCUGACACAGAGACUGGAAAGGCUGAAAAUCUCAAUCUUUCUAGCAAAGAAACCAGACUUGCAAGUUCUGCUGUGAAUCCUAUUCAGUUUUUUGCACCCGGUGGAUUAGGCACAAAAUCUACAUACAAAAUGCAGACUGUUGAGAAUACUGCCAGUACUGGCACAAACAUUAUUUGUGAAGGUGCUCCUGCAUAUAAGGUACAGGCUAAUAACAGGGAUUUGGCAGCUGUUUAUCCCUGGAAAGAAUAUUCUAACCAGGCUCAAACGCUUUCUGGAAAUGGAAGUUUCUCUCAGAAGAGAGUACGUCAGGACAAGAUUAUUACCAUAAAGGGAAUUAGACCAUAUAUCCCUAAAAGACUUCGACAAGAAAAAACUUCUAAAGUGUAUGAAAAAAAAGAAUCUGAAGAACAGAGAGAGAGUUGUGCAAUACCAGGAGAGCAAAUUUCCACAGAGGUUUCUGAAUUUAUUAAGCCAUAUUUAGGGUCUAAGUACAAAUCAACUGAAAUCCCAAGGAACUUGGUGUUUCAGAUGUCCAAACACAGUGGUCCAGUUAAUAAAGUCCAGUGGUGUCCUGUACAAGCAUGGAGCCAUAUGCUUCUUUCCACUUCCAUGGAUAAAACUUUCAAGAUAUGGAACGCUGUAGAUACAGGCUGUUGUUUAAAAACAUACUCCUGUCACAGCUGUGCUGUUCGAACUGCUCAGUGGUCUUUAUGUGGAAGAAGAAUUCUCAGUGGAGGCUUUGAUUCUAUGCUUCAUUUAACAGAUGUUGAAACAGGGACACAGGUAUUUAGCAGCAAAAAUGAAUUUAGAAUCAGCACACUGAAGUUUCAUCUUUCUGACCCUAAUAUUUUUAUUUGUGGAGGAUUCAGCCCAGAAGUUAAAGCCUGGGAUAUAAGGAAUUGUAAGGUGAUAAAAGUCUACAAAGCAGCAGUACAACAGACCUUGGAUGUCCUCUUCCUUCCUGAAGGAAAAGAAUUUCUUACAAGCACGGAUGCAGUAAGCCGGGACUCAGCUGACCGAACAAUCAUUGCAUGGGAUUUCGACAGUGCUGCAAAAAUUUCCAAUCAGAUUUUUCAUGAGCGUUAUACCUGUCCGAGUCUGACUCUGCACCCUAGAGAACCUGCAUUUGUUGCUCAAACAAAUGGAAACUACAUGGCAUUGUUUUCUACCCAACGACCAUAUAGAAUCAACAAAAAGAAAAGAUAUGAAGGGCAUAAGGUGGAAGGAUUUGCAGUGGGCUGUGAAUUUUCCCCAGAUGGAACACUUCUAGUGACGGGAAGUUCAGAGGGCAAAAUAUUUUUCUAUAACUAUCACACUGCUAGAAUCAUUCACACUUUGUCUGCACAUAACCAGGCUUGUGUGAGUGCAACUUUUCACCCAGUCUUGCCGUCACUUCUUGCAACGUGUGACUGGGCUGGAGAUAUCAAGAUCUGGCAAUAAUAAAACAGUGUUCCCUUUCAGAGUGAGUACAGUUAGUCCACACUGAAGACAUGGGUGCUGGUGUUUCAUCAUAAAUAAACCAGUGUAUGUAAUUUGAAUUUUUCUUACGAAUAUGAGGGAGUCUUAUCAUUUUGUAUAUUCCAUCCAAGCCUUCUAAAAGUAGGAUUUUCAAAAGUCCUUAAGGCUGGUCUAAGUCUUGAAGUCAAUGAUAGGCUGACACUGAGUGUUUUUGAAAAUAUCAUCUAAGCUUUAAGCUUAAAUUUGUUGUUUAUCAUUUGAUGCCUAAUGGGGGUAAAAAGAUGCGUAGUGGUAAAUAUUAAAUUAUAUCACAAAUUAAAAAAGCUAACAUUUCCACAUGACUGCAGGUCUCUGCACAUCCAACUCCUUGCUGCUCUUAGGCAGCUUAACACUGGGGUCAGUGUUCAAGUUGGUAUAAUAAUAAUUUACAUUUAUAACAUCAUUUUUCAAUCCAAAAGAUCUCUACUUCCAUGCAGUUCAGGAUCACCAUGCGGUAGAAAUCUUCUUCUAAAGUGCAAAGAAAAAGGAUCUCCUUUUCUACAGACCUUUGUUAAUUCUUUAAGAUACAUAUCACCAGUUUUAUGGUGGUUCUUCUUCUUCAACUGAUGUAAAUUGUCAUAGUACCAUUGAAGCCAAUAGAGCUAUAACAAUUUAGACCAGCUAAAGAUCUCCCCCAAAUAUUUUUACGUAGUCGUGUGUGUAUGAGAGAGAGAAAGAAAAUUCAUCUUGUGCCUUUUAGUAUCAACCUUAACUCUGACUCACAAGAUAUACUAACUCUUUAAACAUAUACAUAGAUUAUUUAGAAGUUGUCCUUAUAUUGUGAUGAUUAUGUUGAAAAGAUAAAUAUGUCUUGUAUGUCGGAGUUAAGACUGCUACUAGAAUGUGUGAGAUGAAUUUUCACAUAUCAAUAUUGUGGUUAAUUGAUUUUAAUGAACUGCAGUGUUACAGAAUAUUUAUAUCCAUUUUAACUGAAUAUUUCCAGAUUUUUUUAACUAGUCUUUUUUAUGACAAUGCUGUAGUUUGCAGAUGUGUUAUUCUGUGAUCUAACUCUAAAUUAAGGAAGCAUUUUGUUUGAGAAUAUCAACUAGAAAAGAAGAGAGCAUGUACCACAGAAAUGAAAGGGGGAAUUCCUUUUCGAAGGAGACAAAGACCUGAAUUUCAAACAUGUGGUGAUUAGAACUGUAGGGUAGUUAAGCCACAUAACCACAUUUUGCUAUUGACCAACUAGAAAGUAAAAGGAGGUGGGAAGGGGAGCAUCCCAUUACUUUUUGCCUCUAAUUUGUUUGCUACCAUCAUUGGCAUACCAAAGCUAGUUCUCUCCCUAUUAAUUCCAUUAUAGUAUUUCAGUCUAUGCCAAAGAACUUUAUUCAGAUACUGGUAAUAGUAUAGCUCCAUAUUAACCCAUGUAUAUGGCUAUAUCAUAGAAUCAUAGAAAUGUCGGGCUGGAAGGGAUCUUGAGAGGUCACCUAGUCCAGCCCCCUUUGCGCUGAGGCGGGACCAAGAAAACCGUUUCUGGCAGAUGUUUGUCUAAGCUGGUUUUAAACUCCUCUAAUAACGGGUAUUCCACAGCUUCCCUUGAAGCCUAUUCUAGUGCUUAACUACCCUGACAGUUAGUUAGAAAGCUUUUUCUAAUAUCUAACCUAAAUCUCCCUUGCUGCAGCUUAAGCCCAUUAUUUCUCUUUUCUUCAGUGGAUGUGGAGAGCAACUGAUCAGUCCCCCUUAUAACAGCCCUUAAUGCUUUUGAAGACUGUUAUCAGGUCCCCCCUCAGUCCUCUUUUCUCAAGACUAAACAUGCCCAGUUUUUUUAACCUUUCGUCAUAG